CUAUGAAUCCUUCGUCAAACAAUUUCUUGAUGCUGUGAUCACCGCAGAGGAUAAUCAACGGGUUUCGAUGGCUCGGCCACGUCUUACUCAUUCCAGUCCACCGGCUCUCGCGACGUGCGUUGUUUGCGCGCCGCGAGUGUGGAUAGAAGAAAAGGACGAGUGGCCAAGCGAUGACUUGGUCUAGAGCAAUGAAGCCCCUCACUUCGAAGCUGGCCUCGGUUGGUGCGUCUCGGCUCCAUGGCUGGCGUCCGAAAGACGACGAACACGUUUGGCUGGAUACACUUGCUUAUACGACUAUGCGUCGACCACAAUGGCGUUCUUGCUAUCGACGAUGGUGUUGACACGGGGACCGAAGCAGUGAUGAAUCUAGCAGUCGCUAGUGCUGGCAAAGGAGCGUUCGUUAUCACUUUGGAAGGAACACACUGUGUGGAGUACCUAGCUGGUCUACACAAGGUGUCAGAUGCUGCUGAUCAAGAAGUGAAGCAACCACAAACAGAGCACGGGGAAGUACACGUUCGUCGACGAAAAGGCGGAAAUGGCGAUUGUGUUCAAGAUUGCCCAUCCAAAGCGGUCAUCGCGUCUCCUGAGACUGUCAUUCAGGUGCCUCAGAGAUGGGAGCUAACAAAAUUACGCACCUUCCCCAUCCCUCCCAUUUAUGACACAUUGUCUCAGUCAGCUUCUCAAAACAAACAUGAUAGUGGUACCGGUCUUCUCACGUGCGUCGCCAUUGGUGGCCGCGCUGGCUCUCUGGUUGCCAUAGGUACCGAUUUGGGCCGUGUUUUCCUGAUAGAUCGUCAUGCCAAACCAGCCUCCAGUGCUAACAGUCCUGUUUGGACCCCAUUCAUUUUCUAUCCGAAUGUCAGCGUUGGAUCAUCUGCAGGAGUUUGCAGCCUUUCGCUCACCACUUCGUCUGAUGCCCCCGCAACAAUUUCAUCUCCUUUGUUGGCUACUGUUUGUGGCCAACCGAGUUGGAGCCGCUUGUCAGUAUGGCGUACUGACUGCGUCCAUGGCGAUGAAGCUUGUUCCUGCGCCGAUCUAACAUCUCGGCAUUUACCCAUCCCUCCCGAUCGCCAUUCUGGAUGUUCUCUCGAACCGGACGGUAGGCUGAGCGAUUUCUCAUCAAAAAUCUGUUCCAGUUGUCGUGCCCGACUGUUCCCAUAUGCUAUGGCUUCUUGUUCUGGCUCCAUCCGUUGCUCGGCAUCUCGUUCUGCAAGCCUAGACUUAAAGACGUCUGGGUCCUCCAGUAAUGAAGGGGACAGCUAUCGCUUCAAACAUUGCCAAUUUUUAAGAGCCACUUGUGCGGUUGCAAGCAAUUUCCUUCCGGAGGCCGAAGGUGACCAUACCGCUUACGUGCUCGCCACGACCGUGCAACCACUUCGCGCUACUCGCAGCAGUGUCAGUCGUCUAGUGGUUUGGCUCGUUCCCAUAAUCUGUCAGCCGGACAACGCAAGAGAAAUUCACUUGCCGCUCUUAACAGAGGUUCGUUUACCCAGAGGCCAUUUACCCGCGUGUUUAACUUCGCACCCAGAUCCUCAACGUCCUCUGAUUGGUGUUGGCACCAUGGAAGGCCGUGUGGAUGUCUAUUUCUUGUCGUUUUUGGAGCGUUCACUGACUCGCGUUUACUCCAUGGACAACGCCCACCCCAUUUUCGUUACCGCUUUGGCGUUUUUACCAGUAUCCUCAAAAUCCCACACAGGAAGCGACACACAACUUUCUGAUAAAUCCCCACUGCACUGCAAUUCCUUUGAGCUAGUGACUGUUAGCGUAGAUCGUGCUAUCCGUUGGCAUUCCGGACCCAGUUACCUUCGCGUUGGCCGGCUCAUUCAUGGUCUCCGUGACCCGGACAUCUACUCUCGCUGUAAUAACUUUGGACGUUCACUGGUGAUCUCUUCCGCUCGUCUGGCAACGAUUUUGUCUUUCCCGAUUUUGUUGGCUUUAUUUGACACCAUUUUGGCGUGGGUUCUGUGAGUAAAGUUUCCUGUGGCAUUUGUUUGCCAAAUUUGUGUCUUUCAGCAUCCAAUGGCAUAUUACUCACUCUUCGUAUGAGCACCCUCUUCCUUACUGAUACCAUUUUUUAUUAUCGGUUGAAAUCUGCCCCUAUGAAGUCACCUCCAGUCGGCACAUUGUGCAUCUUUCAGUUCCACUUAUGUUGCUGUUCCUACGAAACUUGGUUACCUUGUACAUCGGUACCUGGCGUUGCGUUUUCCGCCUUAUCACAGUGUUGCGGUGUUCCUUCGUGUCCUUGUCUCGAUUAACGCUCAUCUCAUCCAUAACACGCACUUCUUUUUUCUGGGGUUGUUUUCAACCUUCCCAAUUCAUUCACCUUACCGUGGAAUGGAUGACCAGAAACAAAGUGACCGCUUUACUUCAAAAUCUGGUGUAUAUAAUGGCAUACCCAUUAUUAUCUAGCUGGAUUCCGAUUUGGCGGAUUUUGACUCAGCUACAAGGCCAGUUGACUACGAAUGCUGUUGCCG